AGAACAAGGAACUCAAGCAUGGGGAAGGAGUGGGGAUUCCUUGGGAUCCUUGUUCUGUCAUUAUGCUUUCUUGACAGCAAUGGCCAGACACAGGUUUGUAAACAGGUGGCUGACAUUGUAUUCCUGGUGGACGGCUCUGCCAGUAUCGGCCUGGACAAUUUCCAACAAAUCCGCCAAUUUCUCUCCUCACUCGUGGAGAACUUUGAAGUCGCUCCAGAUAAAGUCCGAAUCGGUUUGGUCCAAUACAGUGACACACCACGUACAGAGUUCUCGCUCAACACUUACCAGAACAAAGAGGAAAUUCUGGACUACAUCCGAAAUCUGCGUUAUAAAACCGGCGGGACGCAUACAGGCCAGGGUUUGGAGUUCAUCCUGAAACAGCACUUUAUUGAAGAGGCCGGAAGUCGAGCGCAGCAGAACGUUCCUCAGAUUGCCAUUGUUAUCACAGAUGGAGAUUCUCAAGAUGAGGUUGAUUUACAGGCGCAGGAGCUGAGGCAAAGGGGAAUCAAAAUAUUUGCCAUAGGGAUCAAAGACGCUGAUGUGAGAUUGCUCAGGCAGAUUGCGAACGAGCCGUAUGAUCAGUACGUCUACAGCGUGUCCGACUUUGCAGCUCUGCAAGGAAUCUCUCAGAGUGUAGUCCGAGAGCUGUGCACUUCUGUUAAGGAUGUCAUCGAGACAACACGAGGGUGCAUUGACACUGCUCAGGCAGAUAUUGUGCUUCUUGUGGACUCAUCUGGUAGCAUUGGAGACAACGAUUUUGAAGAAGUGAAGAAGUUCCUUCAUGCUUUCGUGGAUAGAUUUAACCUCAGACCUGACCUGGUGAGGUUAGGACUCGCCCAGUUCAGUGACCGACCGUACCAAGAGUUCCUGCUCGGUGACUAUGCAGAUAAGAAAGAUCUACACCAAAAGUUGAACAAUCUCAUCUACCGCAAAGGAGGCACCCAAACGGGUCAGGCGCUGACUUUCAUCCGUGAAAAUUACUUUAGCCUGGCCAGACCGAAUGUUCCUGGCAUUGCCAUAGUCAUCACAGAUGGGGAAUCGAGAGAUGAUGUUGAGGAGCCUGCCCAGAGACUACGAAACACAGGAGUUUCCCUCUUCGUCAUCAGAGUGGGAAAGGGAAACAUGGAAAAACUGCGGGCCAUUGCUAAUAUCCCACAUGAAGAGUUCUUAUUCAGUAUCAACAAUUACCAGGAACUGCAGGGGCUAAAAGAAAGUCUUCGGAGCAAAGUUUGCCUGACUGUGACAGCGCAGUCAGAAGCUUUUCUGCCAAAAUUUGCUGACCUCUUCAUAUUGGUUGACAGUUCAGCAUCAAAACAGGAGCUGUCAAUAAUAAAGAAUUUCCUCCAAAAACUGAUCGGCCAACUCAACGUGGGAAUAAAUGGCAAUCGUGUCGGCCUAGCUCAGUUCAGUGAAAACGUCAAAGAAGAGUUUCUGCUCAAUACACAUCGUACCAGAAAUGAGAUGAGCACAUCUAUUCGCAACCUGCAGCUGACUCCUACAGGGGAGCGUAGAAUUGGACAUGCCAUUGAACAUGCUCGUUCAAAUUUCUUCAAUCGCGAUGCUGGAAGUCGUGCUGCUGAAGGUUAUAAGCAGUUUCUGUUAGUCAUUGCAGCAGGAGAAUCUGCCGAUGGUGUCAUCCAAGCGUCUCGGAAAAUCAAAAAAGAUGCAGUGACAGUUUUUGCUGCUGGCUUAAACAGAGCUGAUGCUUAUGAGAUGAAGGACAUCGCUAGUCAAUCACACAACUACAAGUUAGUAGGUAACAUUCCACUUGUGCAGCAAAAAAUCAAAGUUGCCGUUGACACAUGGGAAGAUGUUGCUGUCUCGAAGGACUGCGAGUUUGACGUGGUGGCAGAUAUUGCUUUUAUUGUUGAUCAGUCCAGCAGUAUCAAAUCCAGAAAUUUCCAACUUGUACGCGACUUUCUUGAAAACACAAUCGGACGUCUCGACGUUGGCAAAGACAAAAUACAGAUCGCUGUGAUCCUCUAUAGCGACUUCCCUCGUGCUGAUGUGUACCUGAACACCUUCAGUAAUAAAAACGACAUCCUUCGCUACAUCAACACCCUGCCAUAUGGUCGUGGAAAAACAUACACCGGAGCUGCUCUCAGGUUUGCCAAAGAGCAUGUGUUCACCAAAGCACGGGGCAGCAGAAGAGACAAGUAUGUCCAGCAGGUUGCUGUUGUUAUCACUGAUGGAAAGUCCACCGACGAUGCUGCCAGCGCUGCAGCAGAAUUACGAAGAUCUGGAGUGUCCAUAUUUGCACUUGGUAUUAAAGAUACCAAAGAGGACGACUUGAGAGAGAUUGCAUCCUACCCGCCCAAGAAGUUUGUGCUCAAUGUGGAAAACUUUGAUCAGCUCAAUUCGCUUGCUGGCAUAUUAACCAAAACUCUAUGCAAUGAAAUCAGUGAUGCCAUCAUACCUAAAUUCUCACUUGGCGCUGUUUUAGAAGGUUGUAAACAAACAGCAAAAGCCGACAUAUACUUCCUUCUAGAUGAAUCAGGAAGUAUAUCAUAUCCAGACUUUGAAGACAUGAAGAAAUUCAUCAUGGAAUGCCUUGACGUGUUUCAGAUCGGAAAAGACCACGUUCGCAUUGGAGUGGUGAAGUUUGCAAGCAAGGCAACCACAGUUUUCCGAUUACACGACUAUAGCACAAAAUCUGACGUUGAAAAGGCAGUUAAAGACCUUGAAAUGUACGGAGGUGGGACUAGAACUGAUCUGGGGCUCAGACAGAUGAUACCGCUGUUUCGAGAAGCUGUUCAAACGCGUGGGGAAAAGGCUCGUGAGCUGCUGAUUGUGAUCACUGAUGGCGAAUCAACCGGGACUGUAGAGCCGGUUGAAGUGCCUGCUAAACAUCGUUGUGAAGGCCUCUUGGCAGAUGUUGUCUUCCUAAUCGAUGGGUCUGAUAGUGUUAGCGCUGAAGACUUUGAAAAAAUGAAAGAUAUAAUGGAGUAUGUUAUAGAAAAGUUUGCUAUUGGAUCGGAAAAGGAGCGUGUUGCAGUAGUUCAGUAUGGCACAAACCCAAACGAGGAGUUUUCCCUGAAUGCAUUUGAUAAUAAAGAUAGAUUAUUACAAGAAAUUAGAAAUAUCAGACAGGUGACGGGUAAAACAUAUACUGGGAAAGCUCUCACACAAGUUUUGCAGUCUUUUGACAAGUCUAAAGGAGGUCGAUCCAGUGCUUUAAAGUUCUUGAUAGCUCUUACAGAUGGAGAAAGUAGGGAUGAUGUAGCCCUGCCAGCUAAAGCCCUCAGAGACAAUUCCAUCAACACUUAUGCAAUUGGUCUGAGACAUGCUAACAGAUCUCAGAUUCUUGCCAUUGCUGGAUCCCAUGGAGAAGUGUUUUAUGAAGACGCAGUUGCUUCCCUGAAAGAAUUAAGCAGUGAAGUACUUCUCAAGAUCUGCAACACAGAAUGCAAGACUCCAGAAUUGAUUGACAUCAUCUUCCUUGUGGAUACGUCUGCAUGGCCCAAUAUAGAUGGUCUCCAGGAGAUGAUCAAUUUAAUGACGCAUGUUGUAAGAAAAUCUGUUGUCAGUGAAAAACGGGUGCGAUUUGGUGCAAUCACCUACUCCAACAGCCCUCAAUUAGAGUUCACCCUGCAACAGUACAAGAGUCAGGCUGAUGUUAUGAGGGGUAUCUCAAGCCUCAGACCUUUAGGAGGAAACAGAAACACAGCCCGGGCGCUUAACUAUUCACUCUCCUAUUUUGCCGAAAUGCAUGGAGGACGGCGGGCAAAGAAUGUACCUCAAGUGCUCUUUCUAAUUACAGAUGGGAAAGUUAAUGAUUUAAAUGGACUGAAAACAUGGCCUCAAUCUCUGGCAAGUUCCCAAGUUAAUUUUUUUGCUAUUGGUACUAAAGAUGCAGAAGUGGCACAAUUAAGAGAGAUUGCUGGAGGGAAUGGAAGAGUGCACUAUGCUAGCACUUACCAGGGUCUGCGUGGACUGCAGAAAAUCAUCACCCAAGAGCUCUGCAAUCUCACCAAACCAAUCUGUGAGAUGGAAGUAGCAGACCUCGUGUUCCUUAUUGACGGAUCAGAGUCCAUUAAGCCGCCAAGUUGGGAUAUUCUCAAACAAACCAUGAUUGGCAUUGUGAAAGAGCUGGACAUUGCUAAGGACAAAUGGCGAGUGGGUGUCGCCCAGUUCAGCGACAUACUCCUGCAUCAGUUUUAUCUGAACACAUACACUAGUUUCGCAGAAGUGGAGGAAGCCAUAAACAACAUUAAACAACGAAAGCAGGGCACAAAUACGUGGGAUGCCCUGAAAUUGAUCAAAUACUACUUUACGAAAGAGAAUGGGUCCAGGAUAGAAGGAGGAGUGGCUCAGAAUCUCCUGCUGAUCACAGAUGGAGAAGCUAAUGAUGAGAAAGAUUUGAAUGCAUUAGCUGAUCUCAAAAACAAGAAAAUAGCAAUAACUGUUAUUGGGAUUGGCAAUGAGAUUAAAAAGUCUGAGCUGCGUGAAAUUGCUGGAUCACCUGACCGGGUUCUCAUCGAGACUUUUGAAAGCCUUGAAUUGAAAACAACCAUUAGGAAAGUGCUGCAUUUUCUAUGUGAAUCAAACAGAAGUAUUUCUGAUGGUUGCAAUAUCCACAUUGCUUUUGGGUUUGACGUAACGAGACGAACAAACACACAAUCUCUGUUGAGCCCUCAGGCGGAAGCAUCAGUUACUGCAGCUAUCCGCCGAAUCUCCUUGAUGGGAGAUCUGUGCUGCAGCAAUAGAACAAAUAUCACUACUAAAUUUGCCUAUCGGCUAGUUUCUGGUCGAGAUGCGUGCAAACUGGAUUAUUGUAACUUUGAGACGUACACAGAGGAUGUGGUCAAGAAAGUGAUGGCACUGCGGCCCACCGAGCCCCUUGCCUUUAACCAGUUUCUAUUAGACUCCUUCAGAGAAAUGUUUGGCACUUCUAAAGCCGAGGCGAAGAUUUUGAUAGUCUUCUCAGAUGGCUUGGAUGACAGCAUUGCACGUUUAAUGGCCGGCUCAGAGAAACUUAAGCAAAGUGGGGUCAGCGCUCUCCUCAUUGUGUCUUUGGAGGGAAUAAUGGACGUUCACCAGCUGGAGUUUGGCAGAGGUUUUGGUUACAUGGAGCCACUGACCGUCAACAUGCUGAAUUUAGGCGACGCUCUUAUGAAACAGGUUGAAACAGUGGCGCUGCAGAAGUGUUGCGAAGUGCCUUGCGAAUGCUCUGGAGCGCCUGGACCACGAGGACCCCCUGGACGCCCGGGUCAAAAGGGCUCUCCUGGUCAAAAAGGUCAUCCUGGAUUUCCUGGAGAUGAAGGAAGUAUGGGAGAGCGAGGACCACCGGGGUUGAAUGGAACUCGGGGGCAUAAUGGCUGUCCUGGAAAUCGAGGAAUCAAGGGCAAUCGAGGCUACACUGGAAACAAAGGUGAAGAUGGCGAGAAUGGCCUAGAUGGAGUGGAUGGAGAACAGGGUGAUGUUGGCGUUGACGGCUUUUCAGGAGAGAAAGGAGACCUUGGCAGAGCUGGUGUGAAGGGUUACAAGGGGAGUCCAGGACCUAAGGGACAGCGCGGUGUGAGAGGAGAUCCUGGCAUACCAGGAAUAGACAACAACAUUCCAGGGCCAAAAGGCGAAUUGGGAGACACUGGGCUCCCGGGUGACCAGGGGCCUCCGGGACUCCCAGGCAGAAUUGGAGAGGACGGUGGACUUGGUACUCCAGGAAGAAAAGGCCCUCCAGGAUUGCCGGGUGAAUCUUUAAAUGAAAAAGGAGAACCUGGCCAUCCAGGGCCUCCUGGUUAUCCUGGACAAGUGGGACCACCAGGACCAAACGGAUCCCAAGGAGAAAAUGGCCAUCCAGGUGUACCAGGUAUCCCGGGUCCCUUUGGCCCUCCUGGAGGUGACGGUUCAAAGGGAGGUCGAGGACCCAGAGGGCCAAGGGGUCUACCAGGUGACCCAGGACCUAAGGGGUCCCGAGGACCAGCAGGAUUCAGAGGCCCACAGGGAGAAGAUGGAGGAGAUGGAUAUGGACCGGCUGGAUCAAAGGGACACAAGGGAAACAUUGGGUAUCUUGGCUUUCCAGGUUUGGAGGGCGAAGAUGGGAACAAAGGGUCCAGUGGAAUUAAAGGUCAUAAGGGUUACCAAGGAAGACCGGGGAAUGCUGGUCGUCCGGGUAACCCAGGGAUUAAAGGAGAAAAAGGGUUGGAUGGACACAUGGGUGAAAAGGGAGUUCCUGGAAUCAGUCCAAUGCCUGAAUGUGACCUGGUUGAAUAUAUACGUAAAAACUGUGCUUGCUGCUCGGGUAAUGGUACCCGGUGUCCAGUUUACCCAACAGACCUGGUGAUAGCACUGGAUUUAUCUGCUGGUGUGUCUUCUGAGGAGUUUGAGCGGAUGCGAUCUGCAGCUUAUUCCUUACUGGAGGACAUUUUCAUCUCCGACACUAAUUGUCCACAGGGAGCUCGGGUGUCUGUGAUGUCCUACAGCAACGAGUCCAAAACUCUGAUCCGAUUCACGGACCACCUUAAGAAGCAAAGCCUUCUGGAAGCUUUGAAUACAACUGCUAGAGAGAGAACCACCAAAAACAGGGACAUAGGGCAAGCCAUGAGCUUUGUCGCCCGUAACAUCUUCAAGCGGGUCCGGAAAGGGAUGCUUAUGAGGAAAGUGGCCAUUUUCUUCACAAAUGGACCUUCGGAGAGUGAAUCGAGGCUCGCUACAGCCAUGCUGGAGUUUAAAGCGGCAGAAAUCAGUCUUGGAGUGAUCGCUUUAAAUCCUGCUGAUGAUGUGAGACGAGCAAUGCAGGUUGAUGACACAGGAAGCUACAUUAUUGUUGAUGGCAGAGGAGUCAAUCGCAUCAAACGCUGCAUCAUUUGUUUUGAUCGUUGCAAGCCAGACCCAGUCUGUGGUAGAAUUCUCAAUCCGCAACCCCUGCAGAUGGAUAUGGACUUGUCUUUGCUGCUGGACGGCUCUGAUAACCUUAACACUCAACAAUAUUUACAUUCAAAAGCGCUUCUAUUGUCUCUGUUGGACAGAAUCGGUGUGAGCAACGAGCCCAGUCGAGCAGACAGGAAAACCAGAGUGUCUGUCUACCAGCAGAGCUCCAUUUAUGGCUCCUCUUACCUCCACGAGGAGUUCAGCUUCACUAAAUUUAAAGAUCGCAACAUCAUGAAGCGCCACAUUAGUAGUAGCUUAAAGCAAGUGGGUGGGACGUCCCAUCCCGAGUUUGCUUUGGAGUGGUUGAUCACUAACAUUAUCCUUAAAGCGGAGAGACCACGAAGCAAGCGGAUGGUUGUGGCUGUUUUCUCCGCAGAGUCUGAGCACAGCAAAGCUCAGUUUGAUUAUUUGUCCCGACUGUGUAAGUGCCAGAAUGUAGUUAUGUUUAUCCUGAUGGCGGGACAGAGGUUCGACUGGAGACGGAUGCAAGAGCUCAGCAGUUCUCCUCUAGAGCAGCACCUGGUGUUUUUGGAUGAUCAGGAAUAUGCCACACGCUUCCUGUAUGCCUUCCUGCAAAUGUUGCACAGAGGAAUCCUACCCCACACACUCCCACAGCCCCGUGACUGUCGUGGUUUUGUGGUCAGGCCUGUUGACUUUGGACAGCAAACCACAGAGAGCCCACCGAGGCCCCCACCCAUUCUGCCCACAGAGGCACCUACCGAAGGCGUCAUCACAACUGAUUUUCCUCAGGUUGAAUAUGAAUAUUAUGAAGAGCAAAAUACAGAACCAGAAAAACCAGAAUCCACUGAUGAACGUCUUACAGAGGAGCUCAUAGAGAACCAGACUGAACCUCCAAAGACUAAAGCACGAUGUUUCCUUGCGAGAGAUCCUGGCCGUUUGUGUGGAACGUACGUGUCCAGGUGGUACUAUAGAAAACAGACCAACAAAUGCAUACAUUUCUGGUAUGGCGGCUGUGAUGGGAAUGAAAACCGAUUCUUGACGGAGGACGAGUGCCUUAGGGAGUGCGGCUCCACAGAUGAAAUUUCUUCCACAGAAUCCAAAAAUCUUCCUCAGGAUCCCAACAUUUGCCAGCUUGAGUCUAAUGCAGGAAGUUGCAGCAACUUUACACUGAAAUGGGCCUUCAACAGCCGCAAUGGUCAAUGUGUCCAGUUCUGGUAUGGAGGCUGUGAAGGGAACGACAACCGAUUCAACACUCAGGAGGACUGUGAGAUUCGCUGUCUCAGGGCUAAGAAAGCACCUGCUAACAAAGCUAAGCCUUGAUAUUAAUUUUUGAGGAAUUCAGAGUCCAUUUGUAUACUCUUGGCAGCUUCUGGAUUCUGCAAAUGACAGCGCUUUAAGUUUUACCAACUAAUUGUUUUAUUCAUGUAACAGGGCUAAAGAUACAGCAGUUAAUGUAAAAACUUAACUUAAACUGGCAACACUUUAUAAUAAGGUUCCGUUAAGUUAUUAAUGUAUUUGCUGACAUGAACAAACAAUGAACAAUACAUUAA